AUGGCGCACCAGCGUGAACGCAAACCGGUACCGGAACACGGUCGAGCCCUGCACGAAAAAUUGAAGGAACCAGCGGCUGCACCAUAUCAGACAGUAGGUUCAUCGCGUGCUGCUGUCCCUGUCUUUGUUUCCCCCACGCCCGCGGCGGUUGUUGGAGGACGGAAGAACAUUCGUGACGGCGUCGGAAUGAUUGAUCGCGCGGCCCAUGGGCUAAAAUCGGAGGAUUUGUACUUCUUCGACCAUGGCGAGAAAGACGAUGGCGAUGGCGAGCAGCAAGACUCGCAGUAUGCUGCUGUUGUGUCGAGCGCUGGAGAUUCCCAAGUGGCCGACGGCCAACCCUCAUGCACAUGCGGACCAAAGUGUCCAUGCAAACCUGCCUGCACGUAUCAGAUUCACAGCUGCCCUUGCAAGCCUUGCGUACCGAGAAUGAAAGGCAACAACAAGGGACCAUCGCGCAGCUUCGAAGGUGCCCGGGCUGACAGCCCUCAGUACACCUCGGUCGGGUACACUCGCAAAAAGACCCAGCGCGAGCUCGAAAAGACGCUGCCAGAUCGCGGCCUCGGCGAUGGCACGGUCUCUGGACAGGAAUCUCAACGCGCUCGAGUUCCCCGUCGCAAUGACACCAAGAUCGCCACCACAAGUGCAGAGCCACUUCAGCUUAAGAGACAGCGUGCGCCGACUAUCAACACCGACCUUGCCUACGUACCACCAGCUCCAACGAAGACACCCUCUCGUAAGCAAAAAGAUACGACGCCUCUCGGAUUCUACGGCACCCACGGCUCGCACUCAGGACAGCGCUAUCCCACAUUCACCACUGGCCCUACUCUGAGCCAGAACGGUAUUCCCACUCCUCCUGUCUUUACAGCUACACCGGCCACCGCCGAACCGGUUCAGUCUGGCGGACCCAUUGCCCAGACACUUGUCCAACUGUCAUCCUCUCCUCCAGAAGUCCAGAAGCAAGCAGCCGAGCCGAUGUCGCGCGCACCUCUGCGGCUGAGCUCUUCUGGAGCCACCGCUGAUGGCGAAGAUGACGAGCUCGACAGGUACACACCGUCGCCACUGAGCGCUCCGCGACAGAGACGGCAGCAGUGCAACAAGACCCACGCUGCAAUCACCGGAGAGAACAUCACAGGCUAUUCAAACAUUGAAGAAUACUCGAGAACUGAGUCCAGCGAGUUGAACGAGGUCCCAGAAGCAACAUCGUGUGCAGUGACAUAUCCAGCAGUACCACGAUCGACCAGCGACGGGAUGUUCACUGCGGGGGUCUUUGCAUCUACAGUCACCCAGAGCUUCCCUUCGGCGCACGCCGGCAAUCCUCGUGAUCCGGAAAGCAUCGCGGACCAAGCAGGCGUCCAUCGUGAAGACCGGUACGGUUGUGAGAAUGACGAGCGCGCCACUGCGAUCGAGUGUGCUCCUAUGCGUCACUCUUCGCCCGCGAGCAGUGGCCGUGGAUUCCCUCCGCCUCUGCCACCGCCACUUCCGCUGCCUGAUUUCAUCGCCCCACGCCCUGCAACCAAACAGCGCUACGUGUCUGCUGGAGGUACGGCCAAAUUGGAGGACCGCCCAGAGAUCACCAACUUCGUUCUGCCACCAAGCGUCACUCCUGGUAUCUCCAUGCAGAGAGAUCUCUUGCUCCAGUGUCUCGACAAUGUGCCAAAGUUCGCAACGCCAACUCGCAGCAUGACGAUUGGAAGCCCGAUACCCAUUCGAAACAGCGAGGAAGCGUUGGGGGAUUCCAGCACGCGAUCUUCKUAUGAGGAUGGCUUGGACCAACAGGGCACAAAGCGUGACCGUAAAGAAAGCGGCUCCAGCCAGCGUCUGGCGCGGUUCAAGAGAGUCUUCUCGUUUGGAAAGGAAGGCAAGGACAAUGAAAGCAAGGAGACAUCACCGGGCCAGCAGCUGUAG